AUGGGCCUGUUUAGUUUUGUUAAAGACGCUGGCGCCGCUAUCUUCGGCGCUGACGAAAAUCCCGAAGAAAAGAGUGUCGUAGUGAAGAGCUUCGCUAGCCGACUUCGGGAACACAACAUUGAUCCCGAGGGCGUUUACUUCGAUCGCAAAGGCGGCCAUGUCAAGGUCGACGGCGAAGUAGCGGACCAGGAAACCAAAGAGAAGAUCAUCAUGAUCCUCGGCAAUGUUGCCGGCAUCGAGACGGUAGAGGACCUGCUGGUUGUGGCCAACGCCGCCGGCGUGCAAACCUCAGCCGACGCGCCCGCGACCAACGGGGCUGAUGCCACUCCGCAAGACUGGCAGGCUGAUACCUAUACGGUCCAAUCCGGCGAUACGCUGGGAGGCAUUGCCAAGAAGUUAUACGGCAACGCGGGUAAAUACAUGGUGAUUUUUGAGGCCAACACCCCAAUGCUGAAAGAUCCAAACAAGAUCUUCCCCGGCCAGGUAUUGAGAAUUCCUACUCAGACAUAA